AUGACAUUAAGAAACCCUAUCCUUGCCACAUUUGUGGCCGUCAGUACAUCGUUGCCUAGUGAUGCACUCAAAUCAGACGCUACUGAUUUCAUCGGAUACCUACGCUGCAUAGCUACCGACAAGUCCGCAGCAGAGGGCUGGUGCGGUAUAACACUAGGCGGCUCCAUGACCGACGCCCUCUUAUUCGUCGCGUACCCAGAUGGCGACGCCGUGCGGACCUCCCUGCGCUUCACCUCAGAAUACGCGAUGCCGGGCGUGUACAGCGGCAACGCGACCGUGAAACCGAUUUCCGCGACGGCCAACUCGACUGGUUUCUUAUUAAUCUUCCAUUGCCAGGACUGUCUGCAUUGGUCGCAGGGUGAGACUACUGGCAGUGCUUCUACCAGCAGUGGUCUCUUGGACUUGGGCUAUGCGCAAUCCGUCAAAGCUCCGAGCAACCCGUCCUGUGCGGCCGAGCUUAAGCUUGCUAGACACGAUAUACAGGGUACCUGGACGGCUAUGCUUGAUGAUCAUGCUGCAAGCGACUCCUAUGACAAGUGGCGGGCUCUGGCGAAGGAUGCAGUUCCUGAGAAGUGCUCCGCUUAG